CGCCCCGGAACGGGAAGAGGUGGGACCCGGCUCUGCGCGGGACGGUUCAGUCAGCGCCGGAGCUCUGGUGAGCAGCGUCCCUGAGCCCGCGGAGGCGGAGCGGCGCAGAAACAUGUCUCAAGAAAGUGAGCAUGGGAAAUGGACGGUAUCUAGCAGUGAUGAAAGUACAGAAGAAAAUAAUGAUGCUGAAAAGCCAUCUACAUCUUCAUUGUCUCACAGUGGACAUGGCAAAACUAGUGGAUCACAGUACCCAUGUUCAGAGGCCAGAAAAGUUGGUCACAAGAGAAAAGCCUCCCCUGUGAAAUUUAAUGAUACAAGUUUUUCUACAGAAAUUUCACCAGCAAAAAUCCAGAGAACUUCCCAAGAAGGUUUAGGUUGGUGCCUUUCAAGUAGUGAUGAGGAGCCUGAAUCUGAAGGUCAGCCACAACAUGCACAAAAGGAAGCAGUCAAAGAGGAGAAAUAUAGUGCACCUAAAAAGCAGCCUUCACGUAGAUUUGAAGAUGAUGAGCUCCCAGUGAGCCAAAAGCCAGAAAAACAUUAUAAGGUAGCAAGUGAAGGCCAGGACACUUGGGAUUUGUUGAAUGGAGGGAACCCUUUCAGAUUCUUUGUCACUAAAGUCAAAGGUAUUAAGUCUAAGUACAACUCUGGAGCACUUCACAUAAAAGAUAUUUUGUCUCCUCUCUUUGGGACUCUUGUAUCUUCUGCUCAGUUUAACUAUUGUAUAGAUGUGGAAUGGCUCAUAAGACAGUAUCCACAGGAAUUCAGGAAAAAACCAUUAUUAAUAGUACAUGGUGAAAAGCGAGAAUCCAAGGCUGAGCUGCAUGCACAGGCACACCCAUAUGAAAAUGUUCGCCUUUGCCAGGCUAAGCUGGAUAUUGCCUUUGGAACUCACCACACGAAAAUGAUGUUGUUGUUAUACGAAGAAGGUCUUCGAGUUGUGAUACACACAUCCAAUCUUAUUGAUGCUGAUUGGGACCAGAAAACUCAGGGAAUAUGGCUAAGCCCCCUGUAUCCACGGCUACCGCAUGGAACCACUGGUUCUGCUGGUGAAUCUGUAACCAAUUUUAAGUCUGACCUAAUACACUAUUUGAUGAGUUAUAAUUCCCCUACUCUCAAGGAAUGGGCUGACAUCAUCCAAGAGCAUGAUCUUUCAGAAACCAGAGUAUAUCUACUUGGAUCAACCCCAGGACGAUACCAAGGCAACCAAAAAGAAAAAUGGGGUCACCUUAGAUUUAGAAAGCUUUUGAAAGAGUAUACAUCACCAAUACCAGCACAAGAAUCUUGGCCGGUGAUAGGACAGUUUUCAAGUAUUGGAUCAAUGGGAGCUGACCAAUCCAAGUGGUUGUGCUCAGAAUUUCAAGAGAGCCUGGUUACGCUAGGCAGUAGUGUGAAGACUCUAGCAAAACCUGAUGUUCCUAUUCAUUUGAUUUACCCUACUGUGGACAAUGUGAGGCAAAGUUUGGAAGGAUAUCCUGCUGGUGGCUCUCUUCCAUACAGUAUACAAACUGCACAGAAACAACUUUGGCUGCACUCUUAUUUCCACAAAUGGUCAGCAGAAACCUCAGGCCGCAGCCAUGCUAUGCCUCACAUUAAGACUUACAUGAGGCCAUCUCCUGACUUCCAGAAGAUUGCGUGGUUUUUAGUUACAAGUGCCAAUCUUUCCAAAGCUGCCUGGGGAGCUCUGGAGAAAAACGGCACACAACUGAUGAUUCGUUCAUAUGAACUUGGAGUCCUUUUCCUGCCUUCAGCAUUUGGAUUGGAUACAGGUUACUUCCAUGUGAAGAAGAAAAUGUUUUCAGGAAGUAAUGAGCCAGUGACAUCUUUUCCUGUGCCUUAUGAUCUGCCCCCAGAGCAGUAUGGAAGCAAAGAUCGCCCAUGGAUUUGGAAUAUUCCUUAUACCAAAGCACCUGAUACACAUGGAAACAUGUGGGUUCCAUCAUAAAAGCUUCAAACCCACUGUGAGAUUUCAGCAUCUGACACUGAGCCGCCUACCAUAGCUGUGAGACUAAUUAUUUCUGAUUUUCAGAUGUGGAGUUGUGCACUGGAUAACUAGCUUCUUAUUAUGUCAUAUGUCAAUAAUAUUGAGGAAUUGUUUUGGAGAGGAGAGGAAGGGAGAAUCCUUGGAGAAUAUGUAGCUAUAUUGAUCUUUAUAGACCUCCCAAAAAUAUAAUACUGUAAUUUUAAACUACCAUUUUAUAUACUCCUCUUAUUGUAGUGGCCAUUGCAUUUUGGAAGGUGUUAAAAUGACAGUGUAAGCUUAUGUUCAAGGUUCCCACUGUUUUUAGCCAGAAUAUAUUCAAAUCUGUUAGUAUUCUUUUGGACUGUUUUCGGGCCCCUCUUGACCAUAGUAAGAGAUUUGUAUGUACAUUUUGAAAUUAGAAAGUGAAUAAAAGGAAAUUUUGUUACAUUUUUCAUCAACAUGAAACCAACGUCUUUGGUAAUUACUGUCCUCUCCUGUUAGAGUUUAACAGAGUUGAAUUCAUUUUCUCCCCAUUUUUUCCUUCUCCAAAGCCCAAAUCCUGUCCAAAACACUCAGUGCAAGUAGCUGGAUUUGAGUGCCAGGGAGCUACAUGAGGCAAUGAGGUCACAUGCAUCAGAGCUGCUCUGCAAUUGCUAUUCCAGUCUAAAAGCCCAACAGUACAGUGCAAUUCUUCCUGUACAACCCCCGCCAUAUCCCAACCAAAUCUGUCAGGAUAACUAUUCCAGUUCUGUCAUUUAGUCUUUGUGAUCCCUUUUGGAGAAGGAUGUUGCAGAGUGCCCAGGGGAGUAAUGCUGCUUUAAGCAGUAGUAAUUUAAUGUUCCUUUUUCUGCAGAUCCAAAAGAAGACCUGCUACAUAAGCCCUCCCCCCACAUUCAAGUCCCUUCAUAAUAGUCACUUCUGCUGUGACACCUACAUAAAAUUAACCAAGGGAUCCAUUUAGUGAAAACAAAUAAAAAACCAGAAAACCUUAUCCUCUUUGCUGAGGCAUGCCAAGUACCAGCCCUCUGAGUAACCUGUAAAUUGUUACUCCUAUCCUUGCCCUUUCUGUUUUCCUGCUUCUCCUUCGUUAGUUUCAAUGUCAUUCUGGGAUGUAUUAGCAGUAGUCUAAUAAGCAAGACACAAGCAAUAUUUUUUCCUCUCUACUCUGCACUGAUUAGACCUCAGCUGGAGUAUUGUGUCCAGUUCUGGACACCACAUUUCAGGAAAGAUGUGGACAAACUGGAGAAAGUCCAGAGCAGAACAACAAAAAUGAUUAAAGGUCUAGAAAAUGUGACCUAUGAGGGAAGACUGAAACAAUUGGGUUUGUUUAUUCUGGAAAAGAGAAGAAUGAGAGGGGACAUAACAGUUUUCAAGUACAUAAAAGAUUGUUACGAGGAGGAGGGAGAAAAAUUGUUCUCCUUAACCUCUGAGGAUAGAACAAGAAGCAAAUGGGCUUAUAUUACAACAAGGGUGGUUUAGGUUGGACGUUAAGAAAAACUUCCUCACUGUUAGGGUGAUUAAGCACUGGAAUAAAUUGCCCAGGGAGUUUGUGGAAUCUCCAUCUUUGGAGAUUUUUUAAGAGUAGAUUAGACAAACACCUAUCAGGGAUGGUCUAGAUAAUACUUAUCCUGCCAUGAGUGCAGGGGACUGGACUAUAUGACCUCUCGAGAUCCCUUCUAGUCCUAUGAUUCUAUGUCCUGUCCAGUGGAUUCUGUAAGCUCCUUGGAGCCGUUGUGGUGCCCUCUCUGUUCUGUUUUGGAUGCCAAUGAAAAUAAUGUCAUUUAGGUGCAGGGGGAAGAACUGCACUGGCCAGACCCCUUGAGAGGUGGCUACACAGUGGUGAGAAUAACUUCUAUAACCUAUGUCUAUACCACAAAAAUUGCCUAUUGCUGAUCAUUGCUGCUAGCAAUGGAUGCAUUUGAACUGGUUCAAAAUCAGGCAUAGCCUGGGACAAAGCAUGGUUAACACAUACUCAGAGCUGUUAGGAAUAAAAUAUGCUCAACUCCCGAUUAGCUUUGAAGCACAUUCUCUGAAACUGUUCUGAGCACAGUUUGUCCUGGAUCUGUACUUGAGGUUGGGUUCAAUUAUACCCACUGCUGACACCUGUUGUCAGCAAUGCAUAGUUCCUGCAGUGCACUGCCACUAUCUUCUGCAUGACACCACAGAGUUUUUACAGUUUUGUUCUCCACUGUGCACCAUGGAGAAAUUAAUGUAGGUGUUCAGAUCAAGGAUCUCGUCCCACAGAUCUAUUCUCUAGGGCUAAAUUGAAGUCAGAGGGGUGCCCCAUUGUGCAUACAACAUUUUGACCCUUUUUGAUCUAGAAUUUGACCAUUUAAAACUCAUUUAAUGUCCCUAAUAAACAUGUAUCCUAGUCUGAGAGUUCUGCAACUAACCUACUCCCGAGCAAGGGGCAAUGCAUUUGUUGUGCUGCCCCUGGAGAAAGCCCAAAGACAGAUCACAAUUCAGAGAGUGACAAUCUGCCUUCCAGAUGCCCCCUUGCUCUGAGGGGAAAGUACCAUGUGUCAAGUCCAUAAAUGGUACAGGGUAAUUCUCCCCUCCCUCCCCCUGCCCUGGUACACAGACAUAGCUACAACAGACAAAAAUAUAGCAUUUGAAGUUGAAACAUUCCUACCCAAUUUGUAAUUUCUUAUUUCUACUUGCAGUCAAUUGAGAGAGAAUUUAAAAAUGGCACAAUCUGUCUCUAAGCUAAUUUUAUCUGUGUGCAGUGACUUGACACUUCCACUAUUGGGCCUUUGGAACUACAGAUAUAACUUCAGAGGGGUCAUUAUGUACUAAUGGCUUAUGACAUCCAAAAAGGAAAUGCAAAGUGACAGAUGGUGUAUAUUGCAGUAAUAACUCUGCCGUAUGAUUGUUUUCCAUCAUCUGUUCUUAACUAAAUACUGUCACUGAGUUAAUUACAUUCACUAUAUACCAAAAGGUAGGAGUGGUUAACAUGGAAACAAGCUAAUUUAUAUAAGUAGUUGAACUAUUGAUUUACAGAUAAAGAAGUUAUUAAAAUGGACUUUGAUCAGUGUCUGGCUUCAAUUUUAAUUCUGAAAAGUUAAUAACAGAACAGCAGGGUCGUUCCAUGGUAAAUCUCUGGUUUUUAAAUAUGGCCUUGAAUGUGUAGUUUUAGCCAGUAAAUUAGUAUAUUUUUUAAAAACCACUUGUAUAUUGUAAGUCCUAUCUGCUUACUUUGCUGACUAGAUUGUUCUAGUCUAACAAACUAUUGUUUUACUCCAGCUAGCCCUGCAGAGCCACACAACUUUCAGUGAGUGAAUUGGAUUCUAGUCUGAUUCGUACAUCAACAGAAUUGUUGAUGUGUUGGCUCUGCAGGGCUAGCUGGAGUAAAACAGUAGUUUAAGUUCCAUAUGUUUAAUCUUUACUUCUUAUGAAAUCAGUGCUAGAAAGAAUCCAGUUGCACUCUCACAUUCUAUGUUGAGUUUGCAGAGAUGGAAGUCAGGAAAAAGUCUUGUAAAUGGAGAAGAUUUGUUCUGAAAAUCAUUGAGACAUAAUAAACAAGAAAUCUUGCGCGCACACAAAAAAUCACCCAAAACAAAACCCCAAAAUGGUUACUUACCUGUUCUGUAGCUGCUGUUCUUUGAGCUGUGUACACAGAUGUGUAUUCCACUUAGGUGUCUUCGAGUGCACCAGAGUCACAGACUUUUUCCCCACAGCAGUACCUGUUGGGGUAGUGCACGCACCCUACACAUCCUCCUGGCCCCUCCCGAGUCAAUAUAAGGGCUGCCACUGCCCUAGCCCCCCUCAGUUCCUUCACAACAGAGCAGGUGGUUUAAGACUCCAAUAUAGAGGGGAUGGAGGGCAGGUCAUGGAAUACAUAUCUGCACCCACAACUGGAAGAAAAACAGUUACAGAACAAGUAAGUAACUGUUUUUUCUUGUUCGCGUUGUUGCAGGCAUGUAUUCCACUCAGGUGACUCCCAAGCAGUACUGUUUGGAGGUAGGUUCAGAGCCUACUUGAAUGAUUGAAAUAUGACUUUGCCAAAGUUCACAUCCGAUCUAGAGGUGGUUGUGACCAUAUAGUGCAAAGUAAAUGUAUUUACUGAGGACCCUACAGAUGUCCAGAAUGGGAACAUCCCUGAAGAAAGUAAUGGAUGCAGCCUGAGCCCUUGCAGAAUGGGCCAAGAGUCUUUGCAGAAGUGGAAUAUUGACUGCCCUGUAUGCCAUUAUAAUGCAAGAGGUUAUCCAAUGAGACAUUUGUGCUGACGCUGCCUUGGCCCUUCAUGUGAUCUACAUAAGACACAAAAUGACAAGAAGACUGUGUGAAGGAGUUAAAAGCCAGUGCUCUCCUGACAUCUAACUUAUGUGGAUGUUCCUCAUCUCUGUUAAUUUGCAAUUUGGGGAAGAAAUCCAGAGAAGUAUUGUCUGGUUUAAAUGCAAAGCUGACACAACUGUAGAUAAAAACUUCAGGUGUGGUCAUAAGGCUGAAUACUGACAGACAAAUAGCUGGACUCAGUCUGUUUCAUCUCUGUGUUAGUAUGGUUAAAAUAGGUAUUAGAGUUAUAAACAUGUUUAGUGUUUAGACUUUAUUGAAUGCUUGUAAGUUGCUGCAUGCAUUAAUCCUGCUUAUAACAUUUGUAUGCCAUAUUGUAAAGUAAUAUAUGAGCAUUUGCAUUGGAAGCCUCUGUAACCAUAUAAAUAACCAGACAGGAGAGAGACAUUAAGUGUGAAAUACUGUCCUUCAACAGAAGGUGUUAUGUCCUUCCCAAAAGGAAGGCCCAUUGACACCAGACAAACUGUUGUGAAACAUCAAAAAGGACAAAAGAUUUUGUUGUUUGCUCCCAGUGCCGCCUCCCUCUUCCCCCCACCCCGCCCGCAAUGAAGAGGAGAUGUACAAAAGAAUUGUUCCCAUCAGCUGAGUUGGCAGUUUGAAGCAGAAUGGGGGAAGGGAGAAAACCCCCUAACAAGGAGGAACUGUAACUCUGCGCUGCUUGGACUCUUGAGGGCAAGGUUUUCUGGGCAUAAGCAAGAGAUCCCUGGGUUAGCCCUAAAGGACAUAUAGGGCUUGCUUAUUAUAGAAGCUGCUGAACCUAAAGAAUCUUUUGAACCUAAAGAUUGGAACUCAUUUGUGUGCAUGUUUAUUUACCUGCUUUAAUGUUGUAAAUAACUCUUGUUUCCUUUUAAAUAAAUCUUUAUAUAGUUUA